ACAGAUCGAAGUAUAAAAAUGCGUAAAUGAAUUGAAAUAUAAUGAUUGAAUAAGCGAUGAAAUGCAUACGUAUCUAUAUCUGCUUUUAACUAUCAUUGAUCUGAAAUAGAUAAAUAAUUGGUACUCGAAUAGGUGUUGCAUUUAACGAAAGGCAGGGAUUGAAUAUUAUAAAAUAUUAUAAUUGAAUAUUACAAAAUAUAUUUCGAUCUGGUGCGAAUAUAGGAAUGUUAAAUACCGUUGAUCAAAUGCCCUCAUCAUGGAAUGAGUACAUCACCACAGUGAUGAUGGACAGCGGAUUCGUCACAAAAGGCGCCAUCUAUGGGACAGAGGGGCGGAAAUGGGCAGCUUCAAAAGGUUUUGACGUCACAGGUGAUGAAGUUAAGAAUUUUGUGGACGGAUUUACUGAUCCAACAAAACUUUGGGUGGACGGUGUUAGAGUCGCCGGUAAGGUGUACACGUGUACGCGGUCGGAGAGCGGACUAAUUGUCGGACGAGAAAGUGCGGAAGGCACUGGAUGUGUUAUCUGUAGAUGUAACAAAUGUGUUUUGAUUGCCGUCCACGAAGAAGGAGCUCUACCUGGUGGCUGUUAUAACUUGAUUACUAAACUAGGAGAGUAUCUGAAAGAACAAGGAGUUUGACAAACAAAUAGUGCAAACACGAUAACUCUACUGUUCAUAGUUCCGGAGUCAUCAACCGUAGUAUCUGAAAUAUGGAGUCGGUAAAGUUUCAAAAAAGAAGCCACUAAAUUAAAUUUUACGACCGCUCUCAAUCAUCACGUGAGGCUGUGAUUACAAUCAACAUAAUUAUGUCAUUUGUAGAAAUGUUAGUUUUUAUGCCCCCUACGGUGGGCAUAUUAAAAUCGUACUGUCCGUCCGUCCGUGAGUCCGUCUGUCUGUGCGUACAUGUUAAUUCUUGACCGGGCUGUAACUCUACCAUUGGUAAAGGUAUUUUGAAAUAACUUAAAUGUUCACCAUAAUGAUACUACGUGUCAUGCGCAAGACCCAGACCCACUAGCUCCAAGAUCAAGGUUACACUUAGAGGUCAAAUGUUAACAGGGUCUGUUUCGUGUCCGGUUCAUAACUCUGCCAUUCAUCAAGGGAUUUUGGAAUUACUUGGCAUAUUUGUUCCCCAUAAUGAGACGACGUGUCAUGCGCAAGACCCAGACCCCUAUCUCUAAGGUCAAGGUCACACUUAGAGGUUAAAGGUUAACCUGGUCUGUCUGUUUCUUGUCCGGUCAAUAAAUCUGCCAUCGAUGAAGGGAUUUUAAAAUUACUUGGCAUACAUGUUCCAUGUAUUGAGAUGACAUGUCGUGCGCAAGAUCCAGACCCCUAGCUCAAGGUCAAGGUCACCCUUAGAAGUCAAAUGUUAACAGGGUCUGUUUCUUGUCCGGUCAAUAACUCUGCCAUUCAUCAAGGGAUUUUAAAAUUACUUGGCACAAAUGUUCCCUAUAAUGAGCUGAUGUGUCAGGCGCAAGACCCAGACCCCUAGCUCCAAGGUCAAGGUUACAUUUGGAGAACAUUUUUUGUCUGAUGAUUCAUACCUAAACUAUUUUGGCAUAUUUUGCACAGACAUCUUUACUGGCAUUCUUGGGCACAUUUCGGGGGCAUUGAGUCAGCUAAAAAACAUUGUUAUGGUAUAUUGACACGUUAUAAUAGUUUGCAGCAUUACAUGAGUAAAGGACUGCUUAAAGCAGGGCUCAGCAAUAUAUAGUAGUGAUAAGGUAUUUUUUGUGUGUGACACAUAUGAAUAUGGGCAUACUAUGAAGGUAUGUGGCAAGUGAUAGAGCUACUUGACUUUUGAAGAACACGUGAUAUUCAUUAUAUUCACGAAGCAGGACGACAGAUCAUUGGUGAUUAAGUUAUACAAGUUUAAGGUGCUUUCAAAACUGGCUUAUUGUACAAACUGGGUCCGUAUUUAAACUAAGUGUUGACAUUUUGCUGAGAUGUAUCUAGUUGUAUGAAACGCAUAUUUAGAUCUAUUUAAAGCGAAGUUUGAUUACAGCCAGUAUUAUUAACAAUGAGAUGCAAAAAUAGACCUGUGCCUAAAUGUCAAAUUGUGUUCUUUCAAAGAGAAUGGCAAAUGCGCAAAAAAUUCUCGACAAGUGUUAGAGCUAUAUAUAGUGGUUAGCAGACUUCUAGAUUUGUUUUGAAAACUAUACAUGGGUUGUGCAGCGUAGAUUUUGCGCAAGUUUGCGAGCACAGCAUUAGGUCUAUUCCACGAAAGAACGAGUAGAUCUAGCUUGUUGAUAAAUAAAUGGCUAGAUCUAAUUAAUACUCUUUUCAUUACAUAGUUUUUACGCAUCCACACUUAAUUAGAUCUACUGUUAUUGAAUAAAUGAUAAAAUAUU